AAGUUACAGAGGAUGAUGAAAGUAAUGGCACAAUUUUAACUAUUUCUCCUGAUGGAAUUUUUUCAGUGAAAGUGGAAGUUAGUAAAUCUUGAAUAAACUACUUCAAUAUGCCGAUAAGAAUAGUUUAACACGAAUCAUUUUGGAUUGAUAGUUUUCUUGCUGAUUUCUGUGAUUCCAGUAGCAUUCGAUAAUGCAGUCUUGUCUGAAACGUAAAAGAUGUGUCAGUACAUCUUCACACCGACCCUUAUCAAUUGCCGACACUGCAGGUACAGACCAGAACUAUAGUAUAAAGAUGAAGUUAACAGACGCUAAUGUGUUUUUAACGGGGGGUGCUAUGGGUUUUGGUGCUGGUUUAACGGAGGCGUUGAUCAAAUCCGGGGCUAAGGUUUUUAUUGGGGAUGUUAAUGAAGAACAAGGUAACAUAUUGCAGACGAGAUUAAGAUCAACCUAUGGAGAGGAUAAAGCAACUUUUGUUAAAUGUGAUGUUACAAAACCUCAAGAACUUACAGAUGCAUUUAACUCAGCGGUGUCUACGGCAGGCCAUAUUGAUAUAAUGUUAAAUAAUGCCGGUAUGAUACACGAGAAUAAAUGGAAUUAUAUGAUGGAUGUCAAUCUGGGAGGUGUGGUGAUAGGUACCAAUUUAGCUGUUGAACAUAUGAGGAAGGAUAAAGGUGGUAAAGGUGGAAUAAUCAUUAAUACUGGAUCUUUCGCAGGUCUGGAUGCACGUUUUGUUUUCCCAGUGUAUGCUGCAUCAAAAGCCGCCGUAGUCCAUUUUACAUCGUGUUGGGCGGCUAAUCCGUAUCUUGGAGAAAUGGGGAUCAGGUUUGCAUCAAUGAACCCUACAGCUGUAAAUACAGGUUUCAUAAAUAACCAGAAGCCAGAACAACUUUUAUAUUACAAAGAAUUUCAAGAGAUGUUAAAAUCAUUGUCUUUAUUACCAAUAGAUACAGUUGUAGGUGCAUUUUUGAAAGUAAUUGAAGACGACGGAAGCAAUGGCACAAUUAUGACUAUUUCUCUUAAAAAUGGUGUUUGUCCAAUGAAACUGGAUGUUGUUAAAGUUUGAUUGAAACAAAUAAAAGAUUACCUUUUGUUU